CAAGAAUGGCGCAGUUAACGUGCAUUGACUUAGGGGACGUCUCUGGUAGAAUGGACUCCCGAAGCAUUAUUCCCUAACUAUCCUUACAGGAUGGAAGAAGUUAGUGUAAUCCAGCAUUCCUGCUGAGUAUAUAACUUACUGCCACUUCUGAUCUUUGAAGAGAGGUUUAUCGCUUCCUGUGGCAAUACUGAAUACUCAAAAGAGUGAGUUCUGACCUCAGGAGCUGCAUGAAGAAUAGCCAGCAUGAAGAGAACAAAUCAGUCCAGGCAGAAGUGCAGAAGCGUCGAGAACAUAAAUCAGGAAGGUGAAAUGGAAGGUGAGGCAGUCGACGCUAUUGUGGAGGAAUCAGAAACUUUCAUUAAGGGAAAAGAGAGGAAAACCUAUCAAAGACGCCGUGAAGGUGGGCAAGAGGAUGAUGCUUGUCACAUACCAGCAAACCAAGCAGAUGGAGGUGAAGUGGUGCAGGAUGUCAGCAGUGGGGUGCAGAUGGUGAUGAUGGAUCAGCUGGAUCCAACUCUUCUUCAAAUGAAGACCGAAGUAAUGGAAGGUGCAGUGCCUCAAGAAACUGAGGCUACUGUGGAUGACACACAGAUCAUAACACUUCAGGUUGUUAAUAUGGAAGAGCAGCCUAUAAACCUUGGUGAGCUUCAGCUGGUCCAAGUACCUGUACCAGUGACUGUACCUGUUGCCACCACAUCUGUGGAAGAACUGCAGGGAGCUUAUGAAAAUGAGGUUUCCAAAGGAGGCCUGCAGGAGGGGGAGCCCAUGAUCUGUCACACCCUCCCUUUACCAGAAGGCUUCCAAGUCGUGAAAGUGGGUGCAAAUGGUGAGGUGGAGACACUGGAACAAGGUGAACUUCAGCCACAGGAAGAUCCCAAUUGGCAAAAAGAUCCAGACUAUCAGCCACCAGCCAAAAAAACAAAGAAAAACAAAAAGAGUAAGCUUCGCUACACCGAGGAAGGCAAAGAUGUGGAUGUCUCUGUAUAUGACUUUGAAGAGGAGCAGCAGGAGGGUUUGUUGUCUGAGGUUAAUGCAGAAAAGGUGGUGGGCAAUAUGAAGCCACCAAAACCAACAAAAAUUAAAAAGAAAGGUGUAAAGAAGACAUUCCAGUGUGAACUGUGCAGUUACACUUGUCCGCGUCGUUCCAACUUGGACCGCCACAUGAAAAGCCACACCGAUGAAAGACCACACAAGUGCCAUCUCUGUGGCAGGGCUUUCCGGACAGUCACAUUGCUGAGGAACCACCUCAACACUCACACAGGUACUCGCCCUCACAAGUGCCCAGACUGCGACAUGGCCUUUGUGACCAGUGGAGAGUUGGUUCGGCAUCGCCGCUACAAACACACCCACGAGAAACCAUUCAAAUGUUCCAUGUGUGACUAUGCCAGUGUGGAGGUUAGCAAAUUGAAACGCCACAUCCGUUCACACACCGGAGAGCGCCCGUUCCAGUGCAGCCUGUGCAGCUAUGCCAGCAGAGACACCUACAAACUGAAGAGGCACAUGAGGACCCACUCCGGAGAGAAGCCAUAUGAAUGUUACAUCUGCCACGCUCGCUUCACUCAGAGCGGUACCAUGAAGAUGCACAUUUUGCAGAAGCACACGGAGAAUGUGGCCAAAUUCCACUGCCCUCACUGUGAUACUGUUAUAGCAAGAAAGAGUGACCUAGGUGUCCACUUGCGGAAGCAGCAUUCCUACAUUGAGCAGGGCAAGAAGUGUCGCUACUGUGACGCUGUGUUCCAUGAGAGGUAUGCCCUCAUCCAGCAUCAAAAGUCCCACAAGAAUGAGAAGCGCUUCAAGUGUGACCAGUGUGAUUAUGCCUGCAGACAGGAGCGGCACAUGGUCAUGCACAAACGGACCCAUACUGGAGAAAAGCCUUAUGCCUGUAGCCAUUGUGAUAAAACCUUCCGCCAGAAGCAGCUCCUCGACAUGCACUUCAAGAGAUACCAUGAUCCCAACUUUGUCCCUGCUGCCUUUGUCUGCUCCAAGUGUGGCAAAACAUUCACUCGCAGGAACACAAUGGCCAGACAUGCUGAUAACUGCUCUGGCCUAGAUGGUGGGGAAGGAGAGAAUGGAGGAGAGACAAAGAAAGGCAAACGUGGCCGAAAGAGAAAGAUGCGUUCCAAGAAAGAAGAUUCUUCUGAUAGUGAGGAAAAUGCUGAACCAGAUUUGGAUGAUAAUGAAGAUGAGGAGGAGACAGCAGUAGAAAUUGAGGCUGAACCAGAAGUUGAGCAAGAGGCUCCUGCACCACCUCCCAGUAAGAAAAGAAGAGGAAGACCACCAGGCAAAGCUGCUGCUCAACCAAAACAAUCCCAGCCUGCAGCAAUCAUUCAGGUUGAAGACCAGAACACUGGUGAAAUUGAAAAUAUUAUAGUUGAAGUGAAGAAAGAACCUGAUGCAGAAACAGCAGAGGAAGAGGAGGAAGCUCAGCCUGCUGUAGUGGAAGCUCCCAAUGGAGACCUCACCCCUGAGAUGAUUCUCAGCAUGAUGGACCGGUGAUGGAGGAAGACCACGUUGGCUGACUGAACUGGCCUGGGCUGUGUUUAAGCGGCUCAAAUCUAUUUUUUUUUUCCUUUAAUCUUUUUUCUUGGCUUUGGGAAAUGCAUCAUUUUAGACCAUUUUACCAAACAUACUGAGAAAUUUAAAAAAAAAAAAAAAGAUGUUAGAAUGUGAUUUAACUAGAACUUGCUGUUUUAUGUUAGCAUUACAGGAUCAUGGAACAUUAGGAAAUAUUUUGGAGUCCUUGAGGGUUUCCUCUGAAAUGCUUGAUUUAGUUUUGCUCUAAACUGCAUCGUAAAGCUGGUCCAAGGGCCGUGUUUACAUGCACCAAGUUUUAAUAUAAAAAGUGGAAGCCUUGACUAGAGUAUGUGGAAAACCACUCCGGACUUGCCCUUCCAGUUCCCAGAGUCCUUGAGCCUCUUCUCUCAGUAGUGUUUUUAACUGUAAAUGCAGACUUGGGAGGGUUCUAGACUUUUGAAAUGUUUUUUUUUGUUGGUUUUUUGUUUUUUGUUUUUGCUUUUACCCACUGAAUAGCUCCGGUUCUCCAAGUCGGCUGCACAUGGUAGUUUUGGCAUGCUCCAACUGGUUUCUGUCCUUAAUAUGCUUUGCUUUCUGCAAAGCAUUUCUGUAAUGGUCAAGCUUGUAAAUAACUUUUUUUUUUUUACAUUUUAAUCUUUUUCCAUUAAUUAAGAGGUAUGCAAAAAUGCAGUUUAAAGAUACCCCGGUAUUCUAAUUCCUUUCAAACUAAGUGAAAAGAAAAUUGAUAGAGUGUAAAUGUUGGAAAAGCUGUUAAUAAGGUAGAUAAAAGAUGUACCCAGGCUAUUGCUUGCAGAACAAGAGAAACCCACAUGUGAAAUCUGGUUUUGAAGCACAAAAAACUUGUAUUUGAUAGAAUCUUAGACUGGCUUGGGUUAGAAGGCACUUCCAGGCCAUUAGUUCUACCCCUCUACCACAUUUCACUAGACCAGCUUCCUGCAAGCUCUGUCCAACCUGGCCUUGAACACUUCCAGGGAUGAAGCAGCAACAGUUUCUCUGGGCAAUCUGUGCCAGGGCCUCACCGCCCUCACAAGGAAAUUUUUUUCCUAAUAGCCCAUCUAACCCUGACCUCUGUCAGUUUAAAGCCAUUCCCUGUUGUUCUGUCUCUCCAUUCCCUUGCCAAAAGUCCCUCUCCAGCUCUCUUGUAGGCUCCCUGCAGUUCUGUAAGGCCACAAUUAGGUCAUCCCAACACCUCUUCUCCAAGCUGAGUAACUCCAGCUCUCUUAGUCUUUCCUCAUAGGAAUGGUGCUCCAUCCCUCAAGUCGUGUUUGUGGCCUCCUCUGGACUCGCUCCGACGGUUCCAUGUCCUUGUUCUAGGGAUCCCAGAGCUGGAUGCAGCACUGCAGGUGGGCUCUCACCUGAGUGGAGCAGAGGGGCAGAAUUCCCCUUCCUGCUGCCCCAGGGCUGUGUAUGCACAGCUGGCUGGGGCAUGUCCAGGCUCACCCACCAGCUCCCCCCAGUCCUUUUCCCCAAGGCUGCUCUGGAUCUAUUUGUUCCCAGCCUGGAUUGAUCCCAAGAGUUGCCCCAACCCAGGUGCACUACUUGCACUGGGUCUUGUUAAGCCUCAUGAGAUUCUCACAGGCCACUUCCCAAGCUUGUCCAGGUCUCUCUGGAUGGCCCUGUCCUUCAGGUGUGUCACUGCACCCUAAGUUUGUUACCAAACCUGCUGAGGGUGCACUCCAUCUCUUCAUCUAUGCCAUUAUUGGUGAUAUUAAAUAAUGCUGGUCCCAAUAUGGACCCCUGAGGGGCACCAGUCAGUGCUGUCCAUCUGGAGUCUGAGCCAUUGACCACUGCCCUGUGGAUGGGACUAUCCAACCAAUUUGAAACAUAUAAUUAACCUUUUUGAGUUAUAAUUUCACAAAUACAUUUUCUUUGCUCUAUCUUGUAGUUGUAUUUUGUGUUUAUGAAUCCUAUGUUAAGACAAAAGUGGUGAUUUAUAAGUGGGUCACUGCAGCCCUCAACCUGGGCCAGGAAAUUUUAUUAAUAGGUCAGUAAUUCUACAAUUUUUGAAUCUCUGAUAAAGACAAAAAAAGGAAUAAUGUGAAAUACAAAUGAUGCCUGUAUAUGAAAAUGUCACAUGUUAAAAUAUGUAAGCUUUUUAUAGAGCCUCAGUCUUGCUGAUUUCAAACAAAUUUUUCUUCUAUGUAUCGCUUUUAAGAGAGCUAUCAGUUUAGCUAUCAGACUCUAGGUUGAUGCAUUUUUGUACUUAGCUGUACUGUGUGAUAUUUUUCAUUAUUUUAGGAAGCCAACAUGGGGAAAAAAUACUGUUAUAAAAUAUGUAAUGGGGUUUGAAAGCUGGGAAGGAGAAUAUACUGCUGUACAGCUAAUAAAUAAUAACGGAUUAA